UCCAUUUGGUAGGGCGAUUCUCAGUUUUCUUGGGCUCCAUGGUAUCUCCCUGCUGCCCUGAGAGAUUUGAUGACACUGACACCCCUCUAUUUUUUCCUUUUCUCAGAAAAUAAAGAGCAGUUGCCAAGAUCAUAGAGGGCCAAGAAAUGAUCAUAACCCCGGAGAGUAUAAAUAUCGCUGGCGAAGUUGUAUGAGAACAGCAUUCAUCGCUACCAGCUGUGCUGAGACCUUAGCAUUCAUUGCACCCAGUGAUAGUUGUCAUUUCCCUCCCUACCUGUUGUCAUAUUUAAAAUAUAUAAUUUAUUUUCCACAAGGAGGUUUUGGAGGAGUUUUAGCUUCUGGUGGACUUGCAGAUUUUGAGAGGGAAAUACCCGACAACAUUGUAAAGCCUCAAAUAUGUGCAUCGUGGCUAAAAAGACAAGGCUGCAUACACAAAAUAUACAGUGGGCAUAGUGCUUGAAUCCUGAGUUUAUCUACAUCUGUACAGAGCAGUAGAGCUGCCUUUGAGAAAACCAGAGUGCUUCCAUCUCCUUCAUCUCGACUUCCAUUGAGUAGAGAAUGACCAUGAGUCCUGCCCUGUCUUGGUUCCUCCCUCUUGGAUGUUUACUGGUUUUGAUGCAUGAAGCGCAAGGCUUUUUCUUGCCCAAUGGCACGCACUUCGAGAGCAUUUUGAGCAGAUAUCACUCCAGAGCCAAGAGAGCCAUUCCAAGGUCAGACAAAGAGGAGAUUUUGAUGCUUCAUAACAAGCUGAGAGGUGAAGUCUAUCCUUCAGCUUCCAAUAUGGAAUAUAUGACCUGGGAUGAUGAGCUGGAAAGAUCUGCAGAGGCUUGGGCCCAGGAGUGCAUCUGGGAUCAUGGACCUGCCAGCCUCAUUAUGUCCAUUGGUCAGAAUUUGGCUGUUCAUUGGGGCAGGUAUCGUUCUCCAGCCUUCCACGUCCAAUCUUGGUAUGACGAAGUUAAAGAUUAUACUUAUCCGUAUCCCCACGAAUGUGACCCUUGGUGUCCAGAAAGAUGCUCUGGAGCAAUGUGCACUCACUAUACCCAGAUCGUUUGGGCCACAACAAACAAGGUUGGCUGUGCUGUAAACGUCUGCAAACAGAUGAGUGUUUGGGGAGAAAUCUGGGAGAAUGCUGUCUACCUGGUCUGCAACUACUCUCCCAAGGGGAACUGGAUUGGAGAAGCUCCUUAUAAAAAUGGCAGGCCCUGCUCUGAAUGCCCACCGAGCUAUGGAGGAAGCUGCCAGAACAACCUCUGUUACAAAGAUGACCACUACGUACAAAAGCCUGAGCGGGAUGAGACUAACGAAGUGGAGGUCCCACAAAUUACAGAGGAAAAACAUGUGUGGGUGCAAGAACGGGUGACCAAACCCACCAAAUCAACCAAGAUCAAGAAAAUCACCACAACCGCGGACAGUUUCAUGACACAGGUCAUUAAGUGCGACACCAAAAUGAGGGACAAAUGCAAAGGAUCAACAUGCAACAGGUAUCUGUGCCCAGCUGGCUGCGUGAACAGCAAGGCAAAAAUCUUUGGAACGUUGUAUUAUGAGACUGCAUCCAGUAUAUGUCGUGCUGCAAUUCAUUAUGGCGUCAUAGAUGAUAAAGGAGGUCUGGUUGACAUCACUAGGAAAGGGAGAUCACCUCUUUUUGUCAAGUCUACAAGAAAUGGCGUUGAAUCUUUAAGUAAACAUAAACCUUCAAAUUCAUUCGUGGUUUCCAAAGUCACAGUGCAGACGCUGGAUUGUUACACCACUGUAGCUGAACUGUGUCCGUUCAAAAAGCCAGCAACUCAUUGUCCAAGGGCUUAUUGUCCAGCUCACUGUAAAGCUGAACCAGCGUACUGGGCACCAGUCUUUGGCUCCAAGGUUUAUGCAGAUAGUUCCAGUAUCUGCAAAACAGCCGUGCACGCUGGAGUCAUUAAAGACGAGACUGGCGGUUAUGUGGAUGUAAUGCCUGUGGACAAGAAGAAAAACUAUGUUGGCUCUUGGAAGAAUGGCGUCCAAUCUGAGAGCUUGAAGAGUCCCAGCGAAGGGAUGGCUUUCCGAAUUUUUUCCGUGAAGCAAUAAAUUCCCCGGGAAGGUGCAAGUUUCUUCUGGAGAACAAUCCACCGAUCUUGAGGGACAGCAACAUUCAUUUGAUGGCAUCUGCUCUGAACACAUUCUCCUUGCCAAUUUCUUUCAGGGAAGAAAGGUUCUGACUCAACUGUCCAUGUCACAUCUGCACCAGUUCAGUUUUUUUUACAAAUUCUAGGGCAUUCAGACUGUUGUAACUCAAAUUCCAAAAGAGGUGUGCUGAACAGCUCGACUGUGGAUUAAUUUACAACAAAUAUCGGAACCCCCAGCUGGUCCACAGAUAGUGUUUUAGGACUUGAAGUACCUACCCCAAUGGAAGUACCAACACAUGUUGGCAAGGUGGAAUAUGUAGUGCGGAUGGUUGGCCCUUUAAAAAAUAGUUUUAAAGCUGCUCCUUUUGUGGGGUGGGGCAUAUAACUUCUUUGGAACUGUAUGGCGGGGUUGGCUGUUCUGUUUAAGAGCAAAACCUUAGUGUUUUCCUAAUCAGCUCGCAUGUGCAUAGGAAACGUUGAGUCAGGUCUGCGGCAUAUUGCAUUAGGGCAAGUGGUGUCAUGAUGUAACAUGCGAUCAGAGGUCCUGUGGCUGCCUGAAGGACUCCUGGAGAUGAGGUUGUCUGAAAAAUGUGGAGAAAGUAAGAAAAGGUGGUGAAGAUCCCCGCCCCUGGGAAACAAGGACCCCAGCCAACCACAAAUGCGGUGUUGGUGUUUGCUGGCCAAACAUUAGCAGAUCGUUAGGAAUUUGGGUGACCUAUGAGAAGUUGUGGAAUUAGAGCUCCUGUCCUGGCACAUCUCUGUAUUAUGCUACCCACCUUUUUUUUUAUUUACAGUUAAAUGCAAUUUAUUGUUCUAUACAGCAGUGCUGGUUUUGUCUGUAGUAGUUAAGCAGUGAUAAAAAGUUAAUCUUAUUUUUGUUAGAAAUGGGUGCAUCUAUAUAAAGUGUGUUCACUUUAUCUUUA